AUGCCUCACAGAUCUCUUUUAGUCUUCGAGCAAUCUCUUGUAGUUCGCAACCAACACCCUGUUGGGAUUAGUAACCUUCCUCUGUUUCUCCAACAGUGUAGGCUUCAUAAGAAUCCGUUUCCACAUCAAAUAUUAGCAUACCUUUCAAAUAAUAAUCUCAAUGAAAAAAAUAUAAGCAUUAACAUUAAAAGUUCCCAAAAAAAUAAACAGAGAGAGAUAGAGACAAAUCUAUCAAAUAUGUUCCACAUAAUAUACAGUCUGCAAUGUCGUGUGAUAAUCCCAUGCAGCAUCAGCAACAACCCACCUCGAUAUCAGUUUUCUAAGUUGGCUAAACGACAUCAAUGA